UUUUGUGAAAACGCAGUUGAACAUUUCUACUAUGACGCAUCUACAGAAUAUUAUUGGUGACUGUCGGCCCAUUACAUGUGGAAGAGCGGUGGAACAACUAUUAACUGAAGAUUGAAACCAGAACGGCGCGAAACUGUCUCGUUUUGGACACUGGCUGUGGCAGCACGGACCAGAGACCUGCUUCUUUGGAUGAAGCUUAGUGGUGGCGUUGGAAGACAGGAGAUAUAUGCUUUGGGUUUGCGUCAUCCACUACGUCGGCAAAGAACAGGAUCGGGGAAUGACUACAUGGCCAACUGCAUCUCGUGGAAGUUGUUCUGAAGAUGCGAUGCGUGAAGGAAGGAAGUCCACAAGCAUGUGUGCUUCAGAACUCUUUGACCAACCCCCAACUGAGAGAGCUGAGCGAAGUGGCUAUCAGCUAUGUUAAAUACAGCUCCACCUAGCAGAAGAAAUCAGAUCACCAAGUUGUGUGUCCAAGAAGAGUGACCAGUCCAUGGAACCACCACUCCACUUUGGAGGAGGAGGAGGAGGAGGAGGAGGAGGAGGAGGAAGUGUUCCUGCUGGUCAGAGCUCCACCCAGCAGAAGCGAUCACCCUCUCCUGUACCGAGUUGUGUGUCCAUGAAGAGUGACUGGUCCAUGGAACCACCACUCCACUUUGGAGGAGGAGUUUCUGCUGGUCAGAGAGUAAGAUCUGCUCCUGAGGAGGGGGGUGCUGCCUCUAACACCAGUCUCUCUGAGGAACAACACACCAGCCAUGGAACUAACAGAUAUCAGCAGAUCCACAAAUCCCACCUGCAGAAGAAGUUUCAGUGUCUGAUUGAGGGAAUCCAAAAGCAGGGGGAUGCCAGACUCCUCCAUGAGAUCUACACAGACCUCUACAUCACAGAGGGGGGAAGAGGAGAGGUCAAUGAUGAACAUGAGGUCAGACAGAUAGAGAGGGCAUCCUGGAGAGAAGCAGCACGCGAUACACCAGUCAAAUGCAGUGAUAUCUUUAAACCCUUAUCUGUACAAUCCAAACCCAUCAGAACAGUGCUGACAAAGGGAGUGGCUGGCAUUGGGAAAACGGUCUCAGUGCAGAAGUUCAGUCUGGAUUGGGCUGAAGGAACAGCCAAUCAGGAUGUUGACUUCAUAUUUCCUCUUCCUUUACGGGAGCUGAACUUGAUGAAGGAAAAGAAAUUCAGUCUGGUGGAUCUUAUUCAGCACUUUUUCCCAGAAAUCAAAGAGCCCAGAGUCUUCACCGGUUCAGAGCACAGAGUCAUGUUCAUCUUUGAUGGUCUGGAUGAGUGUCGACUUCCUCUAGAUUUCCGCUCCAACCCAACCUGUUGUGAUGUGACAGAGCCAGCCUCAGUGGACGUGCUGCUGACAAACCUCAUCAAGGGGAAUCUAUUUCCUUCUGCUCUCCUCUGGAUCACCACCCGACCAGCAGCAGCCAAUCAGAUCCCUCCUCAGUAUGUGCACCAAGUGACAGAAAUAAGGGGAUUUGAUGACCCACAGAAAGAGGAGUACUUCAGGAAGAGAAUCAGUGAUGAUAACCUGUCCAGCAAAACCAUCACACACCUGAAGUCAUCCAGGAGCCUCUACAUCAUGUGCCACAUUCCAGUCUUCUGCUGGAUUUCAGCCACUGUUGUAGAGAAAACAUCAAAAGAAUCAGACAAAGUAGAAAUGCCAAGGACUCUGACUCAAAUGUACACACACUUCCUGGUCAUUCAGACAAGCAUUAAACAUGUCAAGUACACAGAGAGAAAAGAGACAGAUGAAGAGGUGAUUUCCAAACUGGGGAAGCUGGCUUUCCAACAGCUGGAGAAAGGCAAUCUGAUCUUCUAUGAGGAAGACCUGAGAGAGUGUGGCAUUGAUGUCACAGAAGCAUCAGUGUACUCAGGAGUGUGUACUCAGAUCUUCAGAGAGGAGGCUGGGCUGUACCAGGGGAAGGUGUUCAGCUUUGUGCAUCUGAGCAUCCAGGAGUUUCUUGCAGCUCUGUAUGUGUUCCUCUGCUUCAGCAACAGACAGAGAAACAUGCCUGACCAACAGCAAAGCUCUCAGCUCUCUGCUCUGUUCACAGCUGCAACACUUUAUGACCUACACAAGACUGCAGUGGACCUGGCCUUACAGAGUAAGAAUGGACACCUGGACCUUUUCCUCCGCUUCCUUCUGGGCCUCUCACUGGAGUCCAAUCAGAAUCUCUUAAAGCACCUACUGCCACAGAACAGUAGCCAAUCAUAUAGCUCAGAGCAAACAGUCCAGUAUGUUAAACAGAAGAUCAGAGAUCAAGGUGAUUAUUCAGACAGAAGGAUCAACCUGUUCUACUGUCUGAAUGAGCUGAAUCACCAUGCUGUAGUGGAGGAGAAAAGUAGCUCAGAUACUCUGCGUGUAAACAUGCUCUUACCAGGACAGUGGAAGACAAAGACAUUUAAGUUUAAGAUGUCAGAAGAGCUACUGGCUGAGUUUGACCUGCAGAAGUACAUAAAGACACCAGAGGAAGAUCAGACUGAACUGCUCAGUCCA